UUUUCCACAAUGUUCAAGACUUUGCCUUUCGUCGCCGCUAAUGAAUUUGCUCUGCCAAAUUUACCGGUAGAGAUAUGGGUCAUCAUCCUGAGGUGUUUGGACCCACGUUCACUUCUGACUGCGGCCAGAUCCUUCGAACUGUGGGAACGCAUCACCCGGGGCGACCGAGUUUUAAGGAAGACCCUCAAGAAGCAACUACAGCUGGAAAAACUAAGACGCCGGGAGAUGCUGAAUCAGGGACUUUUGAUCCCCAUAAACAGGAAAGCAAGCGGAGGACUAUUUGGAUCCAACGCUAACAAGAUUCUUCGUCCCCAGUACAAACACCACAAUACCCGCAGGAAAAAAUAAAACGUCAUCCACAUAAAAAUCAUGUGCCCCUUCGGAAACAAAAACAACUUA